AUGGACCUAAAACACAUCACCACCAACACCUCCGGCGCCGGCGCCGACACCCCAGAUUCUGAGACUGAAACCCUACUUCAUUCUCAACUAGGCAACCCUUUAUCGUCCUUCUCUAAUGGAAAGAAACACCACCGCCAGCCACCGCCUACGGUGGUGGCGUACAAAGAAUGUCUUAAGAAUCAUGCCGCCACCAUCGGCAGCCAUGCCGUGGACGGCUGCGGAGAGUUCAUGCCUUCACCGGUAUCAGAACCCAUCUCUCUAAAAUGCGCUGCUUGUGGUUGCCACCGGAACUUCCACCGCCGCGAUCCCAUCGAUGACAAUUACGCAUACGCACCGCACGUGCUGUUGUCCCUCAGCACAGCUGCUGACCAAAACCACACGGUGGCGAUACCGGGGACGCCGGCGGCGAUCAAGAUCGAAAACCCAAAUGGGAGAAAGAGGUUCCGGACGAAAUUCAGCCAAGAUCAGAAAGAAAAGAUGUCUCUUUUUGCAGAGAAAGUGGGGUGGAAGAUGCAGCGAUGUGAUGAUAAAUUGGUGGCGGAAUUCUGCAAUGAGCUUGGAAUUAGAAGAGGAAUAUUUAAAGUUUGGAUGCAUAACAACAAAAACACUUUUGGAAAGAAAGAAAAAGACAUAACUUCUCCCACCACCACCGCCACUGCCGCUGCCAUCACCACCUCCACAGCCACAGUGGGGAUCAGCAGCAAAAGCAUCAACAUCUUUAACAAUGGUAGACCUGUAAUUUGCAGCGACUUCCAUGAGGAAAACAACAAUGUUGAUAGAAGAGAUAACAGUAACAGUAGUGAUCAAGAAAAUGUUGGUGGUGGUGGUGGUGGCGGUGAUUGCGGCCGUGCUGUUCAUCUCCAAGCUUCUACUAAUGGGUCUUCUUCUUCAUGUUGA